CGUCCUUGGAUAUGAUAAAAAAUAUUUGCAAUGAUCAACACUUAUCGACUCUAAUAGACACAUCAGAAAGUGUUAUUUUUCACUAAAUUACAAAUUACCACAACACAAUAUAUUUUGUGGAUUAUAUUUAUUUGAACGUUGCUUUCGGAGAAAUGGAAGGAAAUUAUAUUAUUAACGUAGUUUUGUGAUCCUGUGUUCUGUUACCGUGUUCAACAAUUGUCGUUGGUCAUUGAGUUAUUUUAAUGUGAUAUUUAAUUUCUAGUUUACUGUUGAUAUAUAUAUAUAUAUAUAGUUUGAUACAAACAUUUCAUAAAUCAGUAUGAGUUCACCACUAUCAAGUUUGAAAAAGACACACAAGCUACCACUUUCUGGACAAAGACCAAUUCCAUUCAGGGAUCCACACUACACAGAAGAUGAAAACAAACUGCUUGAUGAGAUCACCACAGACAUGGCCACGAGUCGGAUAAAAGAGCGAGACCCAUUCCUCGGUGGCCUGCCUAAGCUGAAUGUCCGCCACACCUCCUACAACUCUACUGGUUCCAACUCGACAGCAAAAAAUUCAGUGGCGUCUUCAGUUCCGUCUGACAAUGAGCUGAUGAGUUUGAUGAUCAACAGGGUGUCCCUGCUGGAACAGAGACUCAAUUACCAAAGUAAAGAAAUAGCCCAGAAGGACAAAAGGAUCAAGGUUCUGGAGGAGAAGCUGCAGAUAUUACAAAAGGCUCGAGUGUCCGAUUCUCCCAGUAGAACGAGUGAUCUGGAAAAGAAAUGUUUGUUGUUACAGCAGCAGGUGCAUGAAAUGGAGUCAUUCCUUGCCGACUAUGGAAUGGUGUGGGUGGGUGAGCAGGCGGCCUGUGGUGCUGAUGUUUACAACACUGAGAAACUCGGCUCCGACCCAGAUGAUGAAGAUGCAGGAAUGUGGAGACCAGGUAGUUCGGUGUCAAGGACUCCGGAUUUCCAUGUGGAUUUUGACCGAAUCAUUGAAAACAUUAAAGACCUAAAUACUCUGGCUGGGGAUGGCGUGGCCAAGAUAAAACAUACUACAGAUGGUGCCAGGCUUAAGAUCCCUGACCCAGUGCCCUUGACCCUGUAUGCUAAUGGCAUCUCGCUGUUCAGUGGACCAUUCCGCCCAUUCAGUGACCCGGCAACUCAGCAGUGUGUUCAAGAUCUACUCGAUGGCUACUUCCCGUCCGAACUCCAGCCGCGAUAUCCAGAUGGCAUACCAUUUGCUGUAACAGACAGGAGAAUGGUAUCAUUUCGAAGAAAGUCACUUUCUAUAUUUACUGGUACGGGACAGGCACUGGGUGGGGAAACCAAGCCCUCUCGACUGGUGCCCAGUAAUUUGGACAUCACCACACAAACGUUCAUCCAGCCAGAUAUGUCGGGAACAUUGUCUUCCGAGAAUUCAGGCUCGUCUGUAACCAGCCGUCUGUCAGGUCCACAAAUGUCAGUUGAACAAUUCUUGGAAAAGUUACCAAAAUCGAUUUUAAAACAAGGUCGUCUGAUUGACAUUAGAGACUCCAUUGCAGAUAACCUGAAGGGUUCACCAAUGAAAAGCUCUAGUGUUACGGUGAUUGAGACUGAAGUUACAGCAGACAUGAAGAAAAGAUUGGAGGAUAAGGAGGAAAAUGCUCGACCCUCCACACCACGUAAUAUUACAACACUGAGGAUAAAGUCAGAGUCUGGUGAUCACACGUACAUAGUGAAGAUGAAAUUUAUUGAAACAAUAGGUGAUUUGAGAAAAUAUCUAGACAAAGCAAGAAAGAACAUGCCUGCUUAUAAAAUAACAACUGCGUAUCCCAAGAAAACCUAUGAUGAUGACAGCGCAACUCUUGAGGAAAGUGGACUCACGCCAAAUGCUGUGAUGUUAUUGCGCCCUGUGACAUAACAAAUGUUAAAUCUGUGGAAUUAUAAUGUCCUUUUCCUGAAAGUGGUUCUACCGUAUCAGUAGGGAAUCGGGCCACUGUGCACCCAUAUUAUAUUUAUGUCAAUGUUUUAAAAAGUAAAUAUAAUGGAAAAUAAUGAAGAAGAAGUAAUAGCUGAAGAAGGAGGACAGUUUUAAUGUUUUACACAACUGAACAAGCUGCUGAUGUAAGUCGGUUGUUCCUGUGAUUCCUGUCGGGUCAUAGUUCUAAGAGACAGCAUGGGGGAUGAAAUGAUAAUUCCUGAGCCAAAAGGACUGAAGUGAUGAUGUCGAGUACAUCGUAUGUUAAGUUUCUGUGGAACCAUACUACUGCACUUCUAGAUCACUGAACAUAUUUUAAAAUGUAUAUUUUUACCGAAUUCCUUGCAUAUACAUGUAUGGUGAAACCUGUCUAAACUGGACCCUGUCAAAACCAGCUAAGUUUUACGAUCCCCAAUUUUCGAAAUUCUAGAACGCAACUCUCUGAACACCAGCAUCUAAAUCGGAUACAUAUUAAGUCUUCAGUGUUAUCCAUUUUAGUCAGGUUUCAAUGUACAAAGAAUAUGACAAUGAAUUAAACAGUAAAUUUCAAGAUAGUCUUUUGAAUGAUUUUUCUUUUUUUUACUUAAUAUUAAUUUAUUUUCACAUUUUAUAGCAAGAACAAAAUGCCAAAACUAUAUGCUGCUUUCUACUGCAAUAUUUUUUAAAACUGAAUAUACAUGUAUUAUGUAUUAUGUGUACAGUAUUUUCACUAUGGAUAUUAGAAUUGUUUUUAUUGAAUAUCUGUUGAUUGUUUACUUGUAUUUGUUGUUUGUAUUUCUUAAUUGUUAUGAUUUUAUUAUUGAUUGUACAUUAUACUUUUACCGGGAGUAAUUUCAAUACCAUCAAAUAAAUUUUUCAUGAUAUAUAAAUGAUAACAAAAUGGUGUUAUUCAGUGCUAUUCUUAUUGGUCAAAACCACUGAUAUCCAAGUAAUAAAUGCUUGACUGUUCACCAGUCAAUAAAAAUAAUUAAAAUCACAUAGAAAACUGGAUAAUAUCUGGACAUUAGUUUUUCAUAAGCAUUAAUUUGGGCAAAAACCAGAAGUUAAGAUAAUUUUUCUUAGUUCGCAAUACCAUUUCAGUGUUUCUGCCAGAAAGAAAUAUUUGGCUAUGGCGCUAUGGAAUUGAAUGCCACCACAGUCAUCAGGGGGUAUGGGAGGCCUCCCCCACAAAGAAAAUGGAUUACAUAAAGGAUUAGGGUUAAGAAAAUCAUACAUUAAUGAUAAAGAGUCAUUAAUUUUGACAAAAUGUUAACUUUAAAAAAUAAUAAUUUGGGUAUGGCGCCAUACCCGUUUUAACCUCUGGCAGAAACCCUGCAUUUAUUUAUAAAUAGCAUGCAUUCAAACCCCACAAGUAGUGUACAGACUUGCCUAUAAAUGUACUGUUUUUAAAUGUUUUUAACUGGCAUUUUCAAAAUGCAUUUUUUAUAUUAUAUUUUCAGUUUUGUGAUAUUUUAUCUUUUGUUGUUAUUUCUUUUUUUCCCCUUGUACUGCUGUGAUAUUUGUGAUUGUUAUAUAAUAUUGUUUACUGUAUGCUAAGCUACAUGUUUUUAGUCUGAUGACCCGAGUCUUUGAAGAAGUAAAAAAAAAUAAUUAACAGACAUGUGCACUGUCAGAUAAUUUUAUCCCUUUAUUACAAUGUACUUUAUUCAUGUGUGUGUGUAUACGCUUUGAAAUUUAUUGAGAAAGACAUGAACGGUUCGAGGGCAUGGAAACAACAUUUCAUGUGUGUGUGUGUACGCUUUGAAAUUUAUUGAGAAAGACAUGAAAGGUUUGAGGGCAUGGAAACAACAUUUCAUGUGUAUAAACGUAAGUAGAGAAAAAACAGGGAAGAGGAAAUGUAUAACCUUAUAUCAGGUGCGUGUACAAAGGUUGGGUUUUGGGGGUCGAACCCCACCCUUGCUCCAUAACAUUUUCUCUAUUUGUAAUGCAUUUUCCAGGGAGCUACAGUCUAGACAUACAUACCCUUGAAACAAUUCCUGCAUUUUGCCGUUUAUAUUGUUGGCUGUAAUCAAACUGACUGGUGGAAAUGGGUUUGAAUAUUGUUUUUAUUAUAUUUUAAAUUCUAUUAAGGUUAGAUUACAGUAAUUUAGUUUAUAAAAGAAGAACAGCCUAUAUAGUUCUAGCAGUUUAAUUAAAUGGCAAUACCAUGAUAACAUUUCAAUUUGGCAUUUUGCUGCACAUUUUAAAAAUCUUUUAAAAUUGUAAUAAAAUAAUUCCUAAAGGCAGUUUUGGUGAAAGUUCUUAAUGGGGUUUUGUUACACUUUGGACAUUUUGGAUGCAGUUUUCUCUCAUCCUCAGGUAUGUGGGGCAGAGCUACAUGUAUCCAGUGAAAGAACGCUAUGUAUAAGAAAUUUCUAUCCCACAUGGGAUAUCACACGCUUGUGUUUAACAUGACGUCAUUGGUAAUAUAUGACAUCAUAUUAAUGUGAGAUGGUGAUGUGAGGUAAUUAAUAUUUUGUUAUUAAAACCUUCAUUUUAAAAGCUAUCUUGUUAAUUUGUAGUGUUCAAUUU